AUGAGGCUUCUACAAAGCCUCUUUUUCUCUCUUUGCCUAUUUUUUUGUAUCAUUAAAUCGGCUCUGGCAAAUUCGAAGUAUUUAGACGUGAAGUCGUUGACAACAUGUAUGGCUAAUUCGCAGUUUUCCGCUUCGACGCUAGACGCUGUGUAUUAUCCAGAUAAUACUUCUAUCUACUUUGAUGUGUCAGCACGUUCCCUUGUGUCUACUAAUGUGUCGAUCCAUGUAAAUGUCAAUGCUUAUGGAUUUACACUGGAGAAAACAAUCGAUCCUUGUGGUAUGAACAUUGCUGGAUUUUGUCCUAUGCAGGCUGGAAACAUUAUCUUAGAAGGAAACCAUAAUUUAACCGGCGAAGUAAUUAAAUGGAUUGAUGAUCUUCCCGGCAUUGCCUACUUAGUGCCUGACUUGGACGCAAAAGUAACCGUCAAUAUGUAUGAUACAAACAGCAACCAAAGGAUUGCCUGUGUAAUGACGAACGUUGGGAAUGGUCGCUCCGUGUACUAUCGUGUCAUCUAUUGGGUUAUGUGCAUGGUGAUUGGUAUUCCUUUGCUCUUGUCUCUACUUUUAUCUCCCCUCCUUCAAACCCCAGCUAUAUGGGAAGUUUUCGAAAACAUGGUUGUGCUAUUCCAGUUUGCACAGAUGCAAGCUCUUUAUGCCAUGAUGGCAAGUCCUCUUCCAGCAAUUAUCUUUAGCUGGGGACGUAAUUUUAUUUGGUCUAUGGGCAUAAUUAAAAUAGGCUUUAUGCAAAAAGUAUUCACCUGGUAUGUGAAGUCCACUGGAGGUGACCCUUCUGUUCUCGUAGAAAUGGGUUCCCAUGCCAAUGUGGGUCUUGCAAAACGUGGACUAGACACCGCGUCUUAUUUUUCCAAAAGGGCUUCAAAUUCGACUCUAGGAUUAGGCUCCUCUUCGAGUUCGAAUAAUGGUACCGUUUCGCUUAGUGGCAUUAAACGUAUUUCCUAUUUGAUGGGAAUUGAGACGACUAAUUUUUUUGUUACUGGGUUUUCAUUCUUUGUCAUCCUUCUUGGAUUUACUGUAUGUAUUGCCAUAUUGUCUCGAAUUGUUCUUGAGUUGUACUACCUUAUUGCGAAAGAUAAGACAUUAAAAAGGCAACGUGUUCGUGAAUACUGGAAAGCCACCGCGAAAGGAUUUUUCUACCGAGCCAUUUAUCUUGGCUUUUGGCAAAUGAGUGUUUUGUGUAUGUGGGAAAUAUACACUCGUGAUUCUUCAGCUUUGGCAUUCCUAUCUAUGUAUGUAAUCGUAGAUAUGGCCAUUUUAUUAUUGUACGCGUUUGUGCGUACAAUGCAAAUCAUUCGCAAGACUGGUGCAUUUUCUGAUCCGGAUGCCUUGUUCAAUUUGUAUUCGGAUACGCAACAUUUGAUGAGGUGGGGAUUCAUGUAUGUUAGCUACCGACAUCGCUUUUUCUUUUUGAGCUUUUUCUUGCUCAUUGUAAUUUUGAUAAGAUCGAUGUUUAUCGGUUUUGGUCAAACCUCGCCGGUAGUACAAGGUUGUGCUAUGUUUGCGAUUAGUGUUGUGGAGUUUUUCUUUAUGGUCUUUGCACGACCAUAUGCGACAAAGCACUUGAAUGGUUUGCACAUUGGUAUUGCUUUGGUGAAUUUGAUUAGUGGUACAUUUAUUCUAAUUAUGUGCAAAGCGUUUACGAUAAACGAGCUCGCUCGUCAAGUGAUUGGAAUUGUGUUCUUCGCUGUAAAUGCUAUUGCGAUGCUGCUAUUGAUUUUGGGUAUUUUCAUUCGCAACGUUAUAGUGUUGUUACGAAGAAGCAAGAAUGGUACUUAUUAUCGUAUAUUGGACGAAUCGAAUGAAAAGAGCAGUUCUGACAAAGAUUUUUCUAAGCAUCCAAGCUCAGAAAUGAACGUUUUCCAUGAUUCUGGGUUUACGGGAACGACAAUGCGAGGUUCGACAGACUUGCGCACGACGGAUAACCCAUUCUCGGGUGGUGACGACAGGUUUUCAAAUCAUAAAAAUAAUUUGCCAUGGCAAGCCAUUGAGGAAGAAUCGUUUACUAGGUUGCAUGAACCUAAAACGAACGAGCAUUACAGGGAUCCUAGUGAUGUUGAAUCGAAUGGGUACGACGGAAGGUAUCGACGAAGACCAUUGCCUGAUACACCCUUCUAUUAG